CACAGACUGCCUCCCUUCAGCUACGCAUUACGUAAAUUCCAGGGACGAAAGGGAAGUGUGAUGUGGCUUUGAGAAAACCAACAACAAUGUCUGCCAUUUUCAACUUCCAGAGUCUGCUGACGGUGAUUCUGUUGCUCAUCUGUACAUGUGCUUACCUGAGAGCCCUAGCCCCAAGUUUGCUGGACAAAAACAAGACGGGGCUCCUGGGGAUUUUCUGGAAGUGUGCCAGAAUAGGUGAGCGGAAGAGCCCUUGGGUGGCCUGUUGCUGUGUCGUCAUGGCGUUCAGCAUCUUGUUUGUACAGUAGCAUGACACCUAGCGCAAGGAUCUGAAAAGGGAAAAACAAAGACAGACCACGGACUUAAAAAAUAAUCCAAGAAGCACAACCGAAAAUCCAGUUCCAGUCACCUGGAUUGUGGGGGGGAUACCCAUCGCCGCCACAAGUCAUGGAUGUGGGGAGAGGACGUGGGAGGGGCUGGGGCCAGGAGGGUCGUCGUUGCCCCGCAGUGUGAGCAACUUUCACCAUGGAUUCUGUUGUGUCAGGGCCAGUGUUUACACCCGUCAUGUUAUGUAGGACCAAUGUUUCCUCUUCUGUAUCAUGAAAACAAACUGUCUUGUGGGCUAGGGGUGGUCCAAGCAAUUCACGCAUCUGUUUGUUGUUCUUAAACCUGUUUUGUAACACUUUUCUUUUUUAAUAUCGUCAUCAACUAAGUAAGCCCUAUCCAGUAUGUAAGAUCUGUAAUGUCUUAUAAUCAGCUAUUAUCAAUUUCACAAGUAGUUUUGUGUCUGGGAAUGGAAAUGCGUGAUCGACGUGAUCUGGCUGUCUGUAGUGCGGACUGGACGGUAUCUGUUGUGUAUUUUAGGAUACUCAUUUGCAGCGAUGAUAUACUUGGAUGUCGGUGAGGGUUCCGGAUCAAACGAGCUGGUUGCGACCAGCCGAGGGGCUUCAUUCAUGUCUUAAUGUUCACCUCAGAGAGCAGUGGUGGUUUUUACAAUGUGUCAUUUUGGCGCUAUUUAUUAAAUAACCGUUUUUUGAAA